GAGGACAAAAUCUGUGAACCGGUAAAGAACUGGUAAAUUGGUGGGAAGGAGGGAGUAUAUUAACGCCGAUGUUGGCUAAUGAUGAACACAGUCAAUCAUGGCACGUUACCAAGUGAGCUUCGGUCUUUUGGCCCUUCUCGUUCUCACCGCGAGCGCCGAUUAUCGUGGCGUUCGUCAUGUCGGCGGCAGCUCGAGCUCUUCUUCGUCGUCGAGCAGUUCGGGUGGACACGAUGGUAAAACCCAUACCAAGACAAAUACCCACGUUGAAGGGGCGGGCACCGCCGAUGCCGGUGCAUCUGCGAAGAAUGAUGGUAUCGUCUUCGAUACGGGUUUCGGUAAUGGUGGGUUUGGCCAGGGUGGUUACGGUGGAGUAGGUGGAGGAUAUGGUGGAGGACAUGGUGGAGUAGGUGGAGGACAUGGUGGAGUAGGUGGAGGAUACGGUGGACUAGGUGGUGGACAUGGCGGAGCAGGUGGUGGAUACGGUGGAGUAGGCGGUGGACAUGGUGGAGCAGGCGGAGGAUAUGGUGGAGGAUAUGGUGGAGGAAAUGGUGGUGUAGGGGGCGGACAUGGCGGAGCAGGUGGAGGAUAUGGUGGAGUAGGCGGAGGACAUGGUGGAGUAGGUGGAGGACACGGUGGAGUAGGUGGAGGACACGGUGGAGUAAGUGGAGGACAUGGUGGAUUGGGUGGAGGAUAUGGUGGAGUAGGUGGUGGCGUCGUUGAUCCUGGAUUUGCCCCCGGCUAUGGAAUACUUGGUAACGGUGGUGGAUCUGGAGCUGGAAGUUCAGCUGGAGCUGGAGCGUCUGCUAGUGCCAAUGCCAAGGCUGGAGCCAGCGCCGGUGGAGCAGGUCUAGGUGGUGGUCAAACUGGUGGAUUCGGACAGCAGGGUGGCUACCAGACUGGCGGAUUGGGUCAGGGUGGUUAUCAGACUGGAGGAAUCGGUCAGGGCGGAUAUCAGACUGGAGGACUCGGUCAGGGCGGAUAUCAGACUGGAGGACUCGGUCAGGGUGGUUAUCAGACUGGAGGACUGGGACAGGGCGGUUAUCAAAAUGGAGGACUGGGACAGGGCGGUUAUCAAACAGGAGGAUAUGGUAAGGGCGGUUACCAAGGCGGUGGAUACGGUCAACAGGGUGGCUACCAGACGGGUGGACACGGACAGGGUGGCUAUCAAACCGGCGGAUAUGGCCAACAAGGUGGUGGUGGAUAUGGACAUGGAGGUGCCGGUGCUGCCAAUGCCAACGCCAAUGCCAACGCUAAUGCCCUUGGUGGAGGCCAUGGCGGUGCCAAUGCCAACGCGAACGCUAAUGCCAAUGCAGCAGCCGGUGGUUUCGGUGGUGGCUUAGGUGGUGCCACUGCCAAUGCCAAUGCCAAUGCCAAUGCUAACUCCAAUGGCUUCGGUGGUGGCGGAUUUGAUAUCUUUAGCCGUUUCAAUGACGAAGACGGGAAGAAUGGUACCGUCGCUGCAGGCACCAAGCCCGCGUCUGCCACUGCAAGUAUUUCCAAGGACGGAGAAGUCGACGGUGCCAAAGGCGUCUACAGCAGUAGCUCAUCCGCCGUGGAUUCCAGCGGCAAGGGAACGUACCACGUAGAGGCCGGCAAGAUCAACUAGAGCGAUCCUCGAUCUCCAAAAUUAUCCAUUAAUUUUGAAACCCAACGAGAGAAAAUCAAAUUUCCAUCGGCCAAUACUCACAAGAACUGCACGAGAGCAACAGCUAGUCGCAGCGUAGCUUUACAUUAUCAUAGUGAUGAGAUAAUUAAAGAUCAGAACAAUGAAAUCUUUGUAUUGUGCCGCAAUUGUUGUACCAUUGAUCAUUUAUUUUUUCAUUCUUUCGCAUCUGAGAAAAUUCAUGCUCAGGUGUCUUUUUUUUUCGCUUAAGAACUGUAUAUUCAUUAACGUGUCACAUGUGAUAAGUUCAUUGCAAGAUUAAUAAAUAUAUUUGUUUAUCACUA